UUUUUUCUCUGUCAAUUCAAACCAACAACCAUGUCCGAAACCGCACCUGCCGUGCCUCCUGCGCCUCCUGCAGAAAAGGCGCCGGUGAAGAAGAAGGCUCGCAAGUCCACCGGGGCCGCCAAGCGCAAGGCGUCGGGCCCCCCGGUGUCCGAGCUCAUCACCAAGGCCGUGGGCGCCUCCAAGGAGCGCAGCGGCGUGUCGCUGGCCGCGCUCAAGAAGGCGCUGGCGGCCGCCGGCUACGACGUGGACAAGAACAACAGCCGCAUCAAGCUGGGUCUCAAGACCCUGGUGAGCAAGGGCACCCUGGUGCAGACCAAGGGCACCGGCGCCUCGGGCUCCUUCAAGCUCAACAAGAAGGCGGCCUCUGGGGAGGCCAAGCCCAAACCCAAGAGGGCGGGCGCCGCCAAGCCCAGGAAGGCUGCUGGGGCUGCCAAGAAGCCCAAGAAGGCCGCGGGCUCGGCCACCCCCAAGAAGAGCGCCAAGAAGACCCCAAAGAAGGCGAAGAAGCCGGCGGCAGCUGCGGGAGCCAAGAAAGUGGCCAAGAGCCCGAAGAAAGCCAAGGCCGCCAAGCCCAAGAAGGCGGCUAAGAGCCCGGCCAAGGCCAAAGCCCCGAAGCCCAAGGCUGCCAAGCCUAAAGCUGGGAAACCAAAGAAGGCGGCCCCCAAAAAGAAGUAAUGAUUGAGGUGAUCUGAGAACACAAAGGCUCUUUUCAGAGCCACCCAAUGAAUCUGAUAAAAAGAGCUUCUAAGACCCUUUUUGAUGGAGUGGGGGAACGGAGGUGGAAAUCUUUAUACUUUAAUUCUGACUAGAGGCCGCAGUGUAGCAAUCCACAGAAAGGGUGGUUGGUGCUGGAAACAGCCUUUGGGGUUAAGGUGGCUGGGCACUCGGCGUCCUACCUUUUCACUCUAAACCUUAUCUCUCAGAUUAUCAGCCCGUUUUGUUACAUGUGUGGAUAGCCUCCCUUUUUAUUGCCGGGUACAAUUGACCCCCAGAGUGCGAGUUUUGUUUCACUUUGUUCCCUGCCUUCUUCCUUAAACUGACACUUUGACAAAAAUACAGAAGCACUGUUACCAGGACUAGGCAUCUAAUGACACUUUACCAGUUACUGGGAGUCACAGUGGUGCUAUUAUCACCUGCAAGUUGGCUACAAGGUGGGAAAGACUGCACUGAGCUCUCCAGGUAUUUGUGAAUCUCACUUUCUAGGGUAUGUAGCUGACCAUUCCCACCAGACAGCCUGCAGUUCAAUAAACUGCUGUGGUAAGCCAGGCUGUGUGGCUCCUGCCAGGACCUUGGGUGUUUCCUGAAGUGCAGACCUAUUGACUUUGUUCCUGAAGGGCCUUCAUUGUUUACGGACCCCAGGAUGGGGACUCCCUUAGGUGAUGUCAGCCAAAGUAACAACCCCGAUACUGCGUUGACUAAGUGGGGUUCAGGCCCCGCCUUUCUUGAAGAAAGAGGGCUUCUCUCAAUAGUUCCUGAGGGACUACAGCAAAAGAGGGAUUAAUGUAUUCGCUUUACCUGUUGUGCACAGUCCCAAUCCUGCCUUAGCGAUACAUGCUGUAGGGACCUUAGAUUACUUAUUGUGCUACAAGUUCUGAAUUCCUGGUAUGAACUCCCAAGUCAAAACGCCAGGCUCAGACACUCGGGUGACCAGCUGAAACAGUGACAACACUCGGUGCCAAAGGGACACAUAAGACGUGUCUGUCAGGCAAGGAAGGGAUUGGUGGACAGAGAAAAACUGGGAAGCCAGUGACA